AUCAGUUUGCUGACUGAUGAUCCACUGUGCACUGGGUUACCACCCUCCGGCAGCUGUGGGAAAUGAUCGGUUUGCUGACUGAUGAUCCAAUGUGCACUGGGUUAUCACCGUCCAGCAGCUGUCUGCAGCCCGAGAACCCUCUUGUCAAUCAUUAUUCCAGGGUCUGACGGUUGGAGGAAGGGGCGGUGCUUGCAGAUGGCGGGAAUGAUGGAGGUAAAGUAGAUGUUGUCGAAGUACGGGUGAGAUCCACGAAGGGUGAAAGGGCGCCACAACUGCUUCGAUUUAAAUUAAUAGAAACAGAGGUUGUAAGAAGCGCGAUUCCCCUCAGAGGGUGGGGGAUGAUGAGUGUCUGCCAUUUUUGAGCUGACGGUCCAGGAGGGAGGGAAGGCUCCCUAACUCCGAGGUGACGGCGACACUCGACAUCUGUUGGCGGUGCUCAUGCCUUGCCCUGCCUCCCAUUGAGCUAUCCUGACGGUUUGUGUAGCCCGCGUUUUGCCCGAUAAGUCGGGAAGGGCCGAACGGCCUGCUGCUGCUGCUGUUGUUACUUGUUUUUUUUUUGGUGUUUUCUCUCGGCGGCAGCUGUUCAUCGAGAGGCGAAAAGCCACGCGUUUGGCCCAGAACCGUUAAUUUUCAAAAUGGUGCGCGCAUGCCCUCCUGGUGAGAGUGUCUUUACCUAGCAUGGACUGGACCAGGAGCUGCAUUUACCUUCCACCAUCUGCCAUGGUGAGACUUGAACAUUUUCUGGGGUUUCUGGAUAAUAGUCGAGCAGAAAUAUCAUUAUUCUGGAUUAGUGGUGCUGGAAGAGCACAGCAGUUCAGGCAGCAUCCGAGGAGCAGUUUCGGGCAAAAGCCCUUCAUCAGGAAUACAGUAAUAUCAUUAGUCUACCAUCUCUCGGAGCUACUUCCUGCAGCUUAAAAAGUCUGGCCAACCUGUACAGACUUGUUAUACAACAGUUACACCCCUCACAGGGCGGGUGAGACAUGAUCCCUGACCUUCUGGGCCAUAGAUUAUAAAUCAAACUGCUCAGUCAAGUUAUCGUACACUUCCUAGGGCAGGAGAGACCUGAACCCAGAGCUUCAAACUCCAAGAUAGCAAUGUUAUCACUGUGCCACAAGACUCUUGGUUGUCAAUGUUUUGGAACUCCAGACUCUCCCUUCAACACGUACAACUGAACUGUGUUCAACAGUAGGAAGGACACUCUUCUUCCCCCACCUGUUAUUUAGAUGGAUCACCAACCGCUUGGAGAUUAGUGGGUCAUUGAUUUCUAAUGGCUAACACCCUGAUUUUAGAUGCUGGCUGAGUUCUUUAAUGUUGCUAAAAACUACAUGCAUUUUGCCCAGACUUCAACAAUUCUGCACACAUGACUUGCUACCUAAUGUGGGUGCAACAAUCUACAUCCACGUGGACUACAUUACAAGGGUGAAAAGCAAUGGUGACACAGGGCAAGAGAAGAUGCGUGAAGGGUUGGGGGUGGGUGAGAAGAAUGCCUGUCAGAAGAGACAAUAUCCACGUAGCGUUCAGAAAGUCGUUGUCCCAUUCAAAGCUUACAGAGAAUCUUUGUGCCAGAUUGUACUUCAGAAGGGACAUUCUCAUUGAAACCUGCCAACUGCUGCUGCUCAGUGUAGGGCUGUUAAUAGUAUUGUCAAGGGCUGGUGAGGAUCGUUACGGCAAUAUUUAAAACACCUUGCAGUUUUCAAAUGUUGAUUUGAUUUAUUACUGUCACGUACUGAGGUACAAUGAAAAGUGUUGUCUUACGUGCAUCACAAGUAGAUCGUACUAUGCAUGUGCAUCAGAGUAACAACACAAUGCAGGAUACAAUGUUACAGUUGCCAAGAAGGUGCAGAAAGAGAUUAACAUUUGAGAUCCAUUCAAAAGCCUGAUAACAGCAGGAAAGAAGCUGUUCGUAUAUGGGUAUAUUUUCUGCCCAAAGAAAGAAGGUGGAAGAGAGUAUAACCAAGCAAAAUGUGCAUAUGGAACAGAAGCAUGCUCCUACAAUAGAAAAAAUGAAACGGUAUCUGUACUACCAGCUGAUGAUAAUUGAAAAUUACCAGAAGGCCAUUAGCAAAGAGCUGAGGCCACUCGUUGAAUGGGUCAGAUUGAAUAUUCAGAACAUUACUUUUAAAGAAGAUCUCUGCAAAAUUUAUGAAGUUGUCUUUGGUCAACUAAGUCAACUAUACAAUUUAAGUAAAGAAUUAUACAAAAUGUUUCAAGAAACUAAAGCAGGCAUCUUGUUUCAAGUAGGAAUUGUGGCAACUGGACAACAGACUGCAACAGAGAAACCUCUUCCUUUUGGAGUUCCUGCUUUUGGUUCUACAAAUUAUGUUAACGGUUUAGCUCCAGAAGAUUUUCCAACAGGUGUUAAACAAAAUGUAUGUGUACAUAUUCAUGAAGGACCUGGCAUCUGUAGUCCAAAGCUUGACAUUUCCAAAACAAAUACUUCCCGAGUAGUUGGUGCAUUUUGUGAGGACAUAAUAUCAGAAUCUGAAUUGCAAAAAUUGCAAAAGAAAGAGCAAUCACUAAGGCAUUCUAGUGAUUGUUCCCCUUUUCUCAACAGUCAGUUUUCAGAAGUGGACCAACCUCCAGAAGAAAUUGAAUCAUCAAAUCUAUGCAAUGAACUCAUUGUGGAAACAGUAGCGGACAUAUUAACUACUGAAAACUCAAGUUGCACAAGCCUGCACUCGAAGCGAGAAGGUCCACAUAUCCUUUCCAACAAAAGCAAGUCUCUGAAUGUUAAUCAAACAUACAUUGUUAGAUCGGAAUGGGAAGUUUGGGACACUUUUGAAUUCCCUACAUCGGACAGUGAUACUAAUUGCUGGGUUAGCCCUGAAAAAGAAAAGACAUGUAAUGGAAAAGUGCUGAUCUCAACUCUUGAUGCCAUUUCACCUCAAGAACCCUUGAAUCCGCAUGAUAUUUUCUGCCUCCCAAAUGCAAUUGAACAAGUGGCAACCUCAAGAAAUUGUGUAGUUUCGCCAGAACAAUAUGAGAGUUCAAACUGUAUGUUGGAACCAUUAAAUCGGAGUCAUUUUUCAAAUUCACCAUUUGGAAGGGCUAUGGAACCACCUGUAGCCAGUGAGAUCUCAGAAUUCCAGUUUUGUCGGUGGCAGGAGAUGGAGAUAAGGGUCAGUUAUGCAAUCGAUCCACACUGUUUCUACAUUCAGCACGUUGGUAAGGAUCUACCAGAACUGAUGAGAAAAUUCAACAUUGAGUGCUCAAGGAAUUCUGCUACAUUGAGUUCCAUCCCUAUGAUCAACUCCUACGUGUGUGCUUGGCUCCCUGAAAACAAGCAGUGGUAUCGGUCUCGUGUGAUCAGAAUUGUGGGGGAUGUAGCAACACAUGGUGAUCAUCAACACCUUCUACUGGAAGUGUUAUGUGUAGAUUAUGGAUUUUCUGCUUGCCUUUCAUUAAGUUAUUUAAAACCUCUUCCUCCAGCAUAUUGUGUCCUUCCCCAGCAAGCAUUGUGUGUGUCUUUAGCAAACGUUUCUCCAAUGCAUGGUGUGACCUGGUCCAGAUCAGAGAUAAACUGGUUCAAGAAGUCUGUGAAAAACAAAACAUUUUUUGCAAGACUUUAUCAAAAAGCGAACAUUAUGACGGUGGCACUUUUCAGUGAAAGAGGGAAAAUAGGGAUCAUGAGGAGAGGAUCUAAGCUUUCCCAAAGGAUGGUAGCGGCUGGGCUUGCAAGAUAUUCAGAAGGUAAUUGUGCUUCACCCAAAACUGGAGCAAGUAUUCCGCUGUACUGGAAACAACGUCUCGUACAGUUACUGUCACAACCAACUAACUUGAGAAAAUGACUAGACAUUGUUGAAUUUGAGUUUGGCAUCAAGAAAGGCUCAAGAAGAGAACCUGAAUUGCUCGGCAUUUCUUCAUUUCCAGCUUGGAAUUUGGAUUCAGUUGGCAGUAUACCAGUCAAUGGAUUGCCAUAAGAUUCUUUUGAGUAUUACAUGAACACAUUAUACAAUCUAUUUAUUGGCAAAACUUGAUCAAAAUUUUAGAAUAGAAUGCAGAGAUGGAAAACACAUUGAACUGUAACUGUUUUCUCAAAGACAGUUAGAAAUGAGCAACAAAUGGCUCACAUGAUAAAAGUAAAAAAUGUUACUGAAGAAUAAUAGUUAGAUUUAUGCUUUAGAGUACUUGAUGCCAUCGACUAUUUCACUGUCAAUACAAAUAUUGAUUUGGUGUAGUUAUGAUUGGUUUGAUGUUACCUUAAUUUUUUAAUGCCAGUUGGGUCAUUUUUGGUAGCAGCAGCUUGUUCUUGAACACAUUAAUGUGUUAAUUUUGUGCUGCAAAGUCACAUAGAAUUAUGCAGCAACUCAACUAUGACAUGACUUUGUUGGUAUUUAUCCUCCAGACAUUAGUCUUUCCAGAUACUCUGCUUGCUCUGUUCUUCUAGCUAUUUUAUUUUUCAGCUUCACAACACUGACUUUAAAAAAAAAACUUUCCCUGUGAAUUUACUCAUUUAUCAACUGAAACCAUUUGUUUCUGUCUACUCUGUCCUAUCAAACUGUCCUCUUGUUUUCUUUUAAAACAAAAAGGCCUGAAUUUUUAAGUCUUAAGAAUUAUAUUCCUUGUAAUAGGCAGAAUCCUAGUAAUAACAAUGCACGUUUUAUUUGUCCCAUGUUUACCAUAAUCUGGAGUUCAAUACUACUCUUGAAUACAAAAUUCUAGAAUCCCUACAGUGUGGAGUAGGCCAUUUGGCCCAUCGAGUCCACACCGACCCUCCGAAGAGCAUACCAUA